AAUCAUAUGUAAUACCUGCUAACACCGUCCUGAAUAUUGAUAUUAACGGAGUCCACACAGAUCCCAAUUAUUGGCCAAAUCCAGAGGUAUUUGAUCCGGAUAGAUUUUUACCCGAAAGGACCCAAAAUCGUCACCCUUACUCAUAUAUACCAUUCAGUGCUGGGCCACGUAAUUGUAUCGGCCAACGAUAUGCUAUGCUGCAAAUGAAAAUGAUAGUAUCUUCUUUGAUACAUAAUUUCUACUUGGAACCCGUCGAUUACAUAAAGGAUGUUCGACUCCAGGCUGAUAUCGUAAUUCGUCCUCAUCCACUUCGUGUACGAUUUGUUCCUGUUUUGCAAAAUUAAUA